CAACUCGCCGAAAGUUUUCGAAAGUUAUGAAACAUUAUAUGAUUGAACAAUAUUAAUACUCGUAACAUUUUUAUAUGCAGUGUUUGUUUUCAAUGCGAGUUCUUCGAACCACCGUUGCUGAAGACUUAAUCGUGUCUGUCAGUGGUAGUUCUGUUCAAGUGGAAGUUUAGUGAUAUUUAGUUAGUCAAUAAGUCAAUCUUUCCAAUUAAUAAAGUUCGAGUCAUCUGGGAAUGUUCCUUGUAAAUACUAAGUGUAGACGGAAAGGCGCGUCCAUUCCUGACGUUUAGUGCACUCGAACUGCUGCAAGCUUUGAAGAAGUUUCUCCGAAGCUAUUCGCUGCGGCAUCACAAUGCUACAACAUCUCAUCAACCCACUCGUACUGGGGGCCUUGACUGCUCUAGCGAGCUCGCUCAUCACCAUGACGGCAUACCGCACCGUCACCCUAGAGCAGGACCAAGUCGUCGACUUUAUCGUGGUUGGUAGCGGCAGCGCCGGUAGCGUCGUGGCCUCGCGACUCUCCGAGAACCCGAACUGGGAGGUGCUGGUGCUGGAGGCUGGGGGGCAGCCGCCCCCGGAGAGCAAAGUGCCAGCAUUUGCAGCUUAUGCCAUUGGAGCAGACAGCGAAUACAACUAUAACUAUAUAAUUGCUCCACAGAGACAUGCACUACUCAACUUCAGAAAUCAAGAAUCCUUUUUUCCCAGAGGGAAAGUAAUUGGAGGCACCAGUGCCAUAAAUUACAUGAUCUUCAUAAGAGGCAACAGGAAGGAUUUCGACACUUGGGCUGAGAUGGGCAACACGGGUUGGGACUACGACUCCAUUAUGCCACUCUACAUGAAAAUGGAAAAUUACAAAGGAAAACAUGCGAAGAAAUACGCUAAAUAUCACAGUCAAACUGGACCACUGUCCGUGGAGAGCAUGAGGUGGGACUCACCGUUUACAAAAUAUUUCAAGGCGGCUGGAAAAGAACUUGGACUCGAAGAGGUCGACUUCAACUCAGAGAAGCAUGUUGGUUACAACGCCCCCGACUUGACAACAAAUAAUGGUGAGCGCCAGUCAGCUUCUGACGCUUACCUCAAACCUAACCUGCACCGCAGCAACCUGCGACUGCAGGCCGGCAGUCUCGUCACCAAGGUCAUCAUCGAUCGCAAUCUUCGGGCUAUUGGCGUGGAGUACAUUCGCGACGGCAAGAUGAGGAGAGCCUUCGCCAGGAAGGAAGUCAUCCUGAGUGCUGGGGCCAUCGACUCCCCCAAGCUGCUCCUGCUCUCAGGCAUCGGUCCAAAGCAACAACUUCGAACACAUGGGAUUCAUCCUAUUGUCGAUCUGAAAGGAGUGGGGCAAAAUCUGCAGGAUCACGUGGCUUUGCCAGGACUAACUUGGUUCAUCACGAAGAACUCAGGCAACGCUGUGCAGCUGAUACUCACUCCUGAGGCACGCAGAGCCUACCGCACCAAAAGGAACGGUCCACUGAGCGUGCCAAUGGGAUUUGUUGGCAUUUAUAUGGUUAAUUUGGGUGUGGAUCCUGAUCCAAGUGUACAAGAUGUGCAAUAUCGGUUCCUGUCCGUGACGUUGGGAGCAGAUUUCGGUCUAGUGGUCGCACCUAAUUACGGGUAUACUGAUGAGUUAAUUCGAGACUAUGUGAAGAAGCAAGGAGGAAGAAGAGGGUUCAUGAUAUUCAUGGGAGUGAUGCGGCCAGCAAGUCGCGGCUCUGUCACGCUGCGCUCCAAAAAUCCUCUGGACCCUCCGGUGAUCGAUCCCAACUUUUUAAGCAAUUCUGCCGACGUGGAUAGCCUCCUGAAAUCCAUUCGAUACGUGAUGGUCCUCGGCAACACUACGGCACUGAGGGAGGGCUUGGGCGCUAAAUUUUUUGAUCAGAAAGUUCUAGGGUGCAAGCAUUUAGCGCACGACUCCGACGACUACUGGCGCUGCUACAUCCGCCACAUGGCGGGGUCUGGUGCCCACCCCAGCAGCACAUGCAAGAUGGCCCCCUCAUCUGACCCUGAUGGCGUCGUCUCGCCGAGGCUAAAAGUGCGGGGCGUGGCUGGUCUUCGUGUCAUCGAUGCGUCCAUCAUGCCUCUCAUUACAGGCACAAACCUCGCCGCUCCCACCAUGAUGAUCGGAGAGAAGGGCGCUUCUCUCAUCAAAGAGGACUGGAGCUACGGGGACUGAGGCUACGGGGACUGAGGCUACGAGGACUGGGGCUACGGGGACUGAGGCUACGGGGACUGGGACUACGGGGACUGGGGCUACGAGGGCUGGGGCUACAGGAACAUAUCUUAUAUACAUAUAUGCAUAGAUAUAAAAUAAGAGUUAUAUAUAUGCAUAACUCUUAGCAUGAAUAUCUUCCAUGUAGCGCACCAUAGCUGAGCACUUCAUUUGAUAACGUCUUUAAUUAAAUGGCGAUCCACCGUGUCGAUAUCUUCCCAUUUAAAUGAUUGAAGAAAAAUAGUUUUUUUCUGUCCCCUAUAAAUCUCUGACUGAUUUUAUUGAUACUUCCUUCGAGGAUAGCACAAUUUUAAAUAAGUUGCUUAAUUAGCCAAUUUUUCGAUGUAAUGAAGUUUAGUUUUAAGAAUUUUGAAGCAGAUGUUCUGGCAACAUCAACCAAAGUAUUCGAAGGACUUGUCGUACGGUUUGGUCAUUCGUUGAUCCUUACUGAAGACAGCCGCUUGUGUUCUUACUCUUGGUAAGCGUCUAGGUUCUCUGAUUUGUAAUAGAAUAACUGUGAGAAUAUGUUUAGAAUAUUGUGUACUUAUCUAGUUAUUAGUGUUUAAUUAAUUUAAUGAAAUGCGUGUUCAUUUGUAGGAGAACUU